CUGGGGAAUUGGAAUAGUAUCUUUCAAGCAGAGUAUCUCGGGAUAAGGGACGCUUAUAGGACAAUCGGAAAUCAUCCACAACAACUAUCGGAAGCACGUAUUUUUUCAGCUAGUCAAGCAGCCAACUUAGCUAUAAAGUCACAAACAACCAAUUCAAAAACCAUCAGAUAAUGCAAAGAAGAAUUAAAUGCCUUGGCACACAGGACUGACUUCACUCUCAUCUGGGUAUCUGGCCAUAGGAAUAUAGAAGAACAUGGGAAAGCUGAAGAGCAGACAAGACAGCUGGCUUCUUCUAGAGUAUCCGAUGUGGUCGCAGGAUUGUUGCCGAAGCGUCUACAAAAGAGAGAGUUUCUUGCAAUUCCAGAAGCAGGUUGUUGACAAAUGGACCAACAGCGAUACCUGGAAAAUAGGAAAGAAAACGUGGCUACAUUACAACAAGCCCAGAACUAACGAGCAGUUAAGAAAGCCAGUAACAGACAUCUUCAGAAUUUCGUCAACAAUAACCUUCCAUUGGCUUAUCGUAGAGCAUGCUGGUAAAAUGGGGUGGCCGUAUAAAGAGAGAUGUACAAGCUGCAACCAAGAAGACUCCAGGGAGGCAGUAUUCCACUAUCUGAUUUCUCUGAUUGCUGUGGUAGAAAGCUCAUGGGGUUCACCGGGCGAUGGUCAGUAUCACAUACAAACAGAUGAAGGACCGGAGCGCUAUUUUCGUUUUCAAACGGACAAUGGACAGUUCCGUAAGGAGCGACGUCUCCAAGACGGAACAGUUGUAGGUACCGAGGCUUGGAUAGACGCUGCUGGCUUUCUACGUCAAAAAGACUAUAUCGCUGAUAAAGAUGGUUAUCGCAUAUUAAAGUCGAAGACAGUUUUUGUUGGCAAUGGCAGACACAUUGAGGAUGCCAUUAAAUCUGCAAAAUCAGCUCCAGCCCAAUCAGGCGUUCUUGUCAAUGGCCGUUCUGGAUAUGCAAAUAGUGUUAGCGAUGUCGAAAAAUCAAAGCAAAACCUUCAUGCAUACUCGCCCACGCCGUCUAAGAUUAGUGCGCCGGUCGUUGUUCAUGACCCGGCUUCAGAGGCUUACGAUGGCAAAUUGAAUUAUCUUUCCCCAGCCGAUGCUGCCAAUAUUGAGCCCUCAGGUAAUCUUGGUUUCGAUCACUACCCUGAUGAGCUACCACGACUACUGCAAGGUGGACAACGGAAUGUUCAACUCCAAGCUUCCAAUGGGCGUCAAGUUGAAUCUUACGACACACCACCAACCAAUUCAAUCACGGAAUAUAAUCCAGACUCAUCACACGCACAAAGCACUAAUACCGCCGCUGUGCCAAAAGUACCAACUCUGGAAAUGCAACCACCCUUAAUAAACAAUGGUCGGGCUCGCCAACGGAUACGGCCAAUUGCCGUAUAUGAUACAAAGCCCGCACCCAUCUCGAGCAAUGAAGAAGCUAGCGGUUACGAGUAUUCUACUCCCACUCCAUUUGCGCCAGCGACCACCGAAAGUGUACCCAGCACGAAUGGAUAUUAUUACCAACAUUCUCCAACAGCACCUUCAUAUACAAACGCCGCAGCAAAUCCUCUGGCGAUCAAUCAACUUGAAGGUGGACUGCUGCCACCAUUGCCACCUCCGACAAGUCGUCGCCAUCGUCCGCCAGCAGUCAACAGUGUUGGUGAGCCCGGCGAGUAUGAUGGUGUUGGAGUGACAGCCAAUGGAUUCCGUUACUUCUUACCACGCCAAUACCAUGAGGAAGAACGAUUUGAAGGCGACAAACGAGCAGGCAGCUUUGGCUACGUAGAUCCAUUUGGUAUUCGUCGAGUUGUAUACUAUAACGCAUCGCCCGGACGGGGAUUCGUGCAUAGAAAUAACAACCGGUACGUGGGCCUAGGAGCAGCCCCAUACGAUGCCGCUGUCUAAUGUGAAAGAAAGUCGAACAAUACCCUGCACUUGCUAAACAACUAAGUACCAAGCGAGCUCUCAAACCGCAAAUCUACUUUUUAACACAACACCGACUUCGUCUGGCAGCGAACAAACCCAGGAACCAAUUAGCCCAAAGCAGCAAUCAACUAGCCAAAGAAGAGACAUUGGAGUAAUGGCUUAGCAACUUACAAAUAGUAAUUAGAAUUAUAAUUAGUUGAAGGCAAAUGCGCCGGAGAAUUGCCAGAGAUACAAAAACGAUGGAGAUUGGAGACGAAUUCGGCCAAUUAUUGCCUGCAUUUGAGGGGUAUACAGGAAUGUACGAUGCAUUGUUCGCAUUUUGAGCAUAUGUAAAUGUAUCUGUAUGAGUAUGUGUAAAUUAUGCGUAUGUGUCUGUGUUAGUUUGAUUUAAUUAAAAAAUAAUUAUUACGUAACAAAAUGCAACGGCUCUGAGCUGUGUAACUGAGUAAGAUGGCGCCGAACGAACGAGCUUAAGUAGCUAACAAAAUCACUUUCAUGUAUUAAUCUUGCCAUAUUAACAAAAACAAAGAUAAAAACAAAGCAAAUAACAUAUGUAUGUAUUUAAGAAAUAUAAGUAUAUGCAUAAAAAUCAUAUUAAAAAAUAUUUAAAAUGUAUUAAUAAAAUAAUUACACCUAGCAGAUAGAGCAAUUAAAUUACGAAUCGAAGCUUAGCUGAAAUAUUUUAAACUCUUACAUUGUAGUUGUAAACUAAUCGUAAUAUGUAAUUAAUUUAUAUUUUUAUUUAUAUGUAUAUAUUAAAUGUAUAACUUCGUGCGUAUUAACCUGAGGAUGCUGUUGAUUGACGACGUUAGAAAAUCGAGUGACAGUAUGCAAUUGCGUAUUUUCGGAAAAUAUUAAAAAAAUAUCGAGUAAACAUUUUCUCCACUCACUUCCUGGCCAAUAGAUGUUUAUUGUAAUUUAGCCAUUAGCUUCACUCAAUUAAUAAACUAAUAAACUAUGAAUUAUUUGUAUGUAUGCACACGCAUAUGUGUGCAUGUGAUGUAAUAGACAACCGUUGCCGGGAAACAUCGAUUAUGUCGAGAAAAUGUUGGAAGUUCAAUGCUAUAAUAAAUAUUGUGUAAUUAAACAUAGUAAAGUUGCGUUUUUUCUUGCUUUUCUUUGUUUGUUUACUUGCUAAAAACUAUAAUAAGGUAAAACUAAUCUAUAAUGUUUUUGGUAUAUCGCUGAAUUUAAAUUUUCCGAGUUCUCAAGAAAAGUAAGUUCACUAAAAAUACCACCUUGGCCAAAAAGUCCCCGGAAUAAUCAGCAAGGGACGCUCUAAGUCAACUGAAUUGAGUUCUGUGUUGUGUUGUUAGGCUGCUACAUCUGUGACUAACAUUCCUAACAAUUUUGUCACCAUUGUUUGGCAUUUGUAAAGGUUACGUCAUGUUGAGUAAAUCGGAACCUCUAAGUUGACUGUCACGAUGAGAAAUUAGGUCCUCAAUCUGGAGCUAACCCGAACAGGUUUUGAAACUCCCCUGCAGCCAAAUGGAAAGGAUUUCCCACAUCCCGGAGCAAACGUCGAUCAACAGAUUGAGGGCUCACGACCUUGUCCCCAAUCGAUAAAUUAUAAGCCAAAAAAUGUAAAAAUAUUGGUUAAGGAAAGAUAAUAAUUCGAAUAUUGUUAAGAUAUGUUAGUGAAUCACACUACAGACAGAUAAGAACGAUGGGAGAUAUUAAAUUGAUUCUGGUUUUACCACAUUCAUGCCAUUACCUCUGUAUACUUAUAGAUCGGCACAUCAUUCAAAUGGCUGCCUAGGCUUCGCGGCCAGUGCCCAAUUUUUGAUGACUCAGUUCCAUACGUUCGACUUUGUUUAAAGAAAAAAAUUGAGGCUCUCAAGUCGCAUAACCGCGGCGGCCAAUUAAGGGGGAACACCACUGUGAACGCGUGAAAAUUAAGUGA